CCACAUCGUCACCAGCCCGUUGACUUGGCGAUGGAGCUUCUCUCGGAGGAGAGGAUCGUGAGCCGGAUAUAAGUCAAGGAAGGCCGUCAGAUGAACUACGCCUUGCCCCUCCAACAGCUCAUCGGGUCCGAAGUCAACAGCCUUCGUCACGAACCCGUGCGACGCACAGAUCGGGGUCCACUGUCGCCAGACCCUAAUAUGGACGACCAUCCGAUGGAUAUGGAACAAUGAUUUAGCAGAGGAUCCUUCUUGUGGUCGUCUGCUUUGAUGCCCAUCGCAACACAAGCCCUCCCCCUUCCCAUCCAUUACAGCCCUUCUAUAUAUCAGUCGCUUAGAUGGGCAAGGGCGGUGAAGUAAGCGGAGAUGGGGCGAAGGUGGAGGAGGAGAACAUGGCCGCCUGGUUGGUGGCUGUUAACACCCUCAAGAUCCAACCUUUUCGACUCCCGCCUCUGGGUUUGGCCUCUCUUCCAUUGCUCGAUUGCUUCUAUGGGUGGGCCUCACGACGUUCGGGUGAGGAUGAAGGCUGUCGGCAUCUGUGGCAGUGAUGUCCAUCACCUCAAGACCAUGAGGUGUGCCCAUUUCGUUGUCAAAGAGCCCAUGGUAAUCGGGCAUGAGUGUGCUGGUGUGAUAGAAGAGGUGGGCUGCGAAGUGAAGUCCCUGGUUGUGGGUGAUCGCGUGGCGUUGGAACCUGGAAUCAGUUGCGGGCACUGCAAAUACUGCAAGGGUGGCCGCUAUAACCUUUGCCGCAGCAUGAGGUUCUUCGGUUCACCCCCUGUCAAUGGCUCCCUAGCUAAUCAGGUGGUACAUCCUGCUAAUUUGUGUUUUAGGCUCCCCGAGAACGUGAGCUUGGAGGAAGGGGCAAUGUGUGAGCCCCUUAGUGUUGGGAUUCAUGCUUGCCGUCGUGCUAGUGUAGGUCCGGAGACUAAUGUGCUAAUUAUGGGUGCUGGCCCGAUAGGGCUGGUUACGAUGCUUGCAGCUCGAGCUUUUGGUGCUCUACGGAUCAUCAUGGUGGAUGUUGAUAGUUAUCGCCUAUCUGUGGCAAAAUCUCUUGGUGCAGAUGACUUUGUAAAAGUUUCUACAAACAGUCAGGACGUAGAUGAAGAGGUUAUUCAGAUACAACAGGCUAUGGGCAAUGAUAUCGAUGUGAGCUUUGACUGUGCUGGGUUUAGCAAAACAGUGUCAACUGCCUUGAAUGCCACCCGUGCUGGUGGUAAAGUUUGCCUCAUAGGUAUGGGACGUAAUGAGAUGACUGUCCCCCUUACUCCUGCCGCAGCAAGAGAGGUGGAUGUCAUCGGCAUUUUCCGCUACAAGGAUACUUGGCCACUAUGUCUUGAGUUUUUGAGGACUGGAAAGAUCGAUGUCAAGCCUCUGAUAACACACAGAUUUGGGUUCUCCCAGGAGGAGCUGGUGGAAGCCUUUGAAGUUAGCGCUCGCGGUGGUGAUGCUAUAAAAGUGAUGUUCAACCUCUAGCUUCCAAGACAUAUUGGUCAUCAAGUGCUUGUAGCAGUUAAGCUUGUCUGGAAAGAGUUGUGAUUGCAGGAAGAUGAUGGUGGUGAUGCUCUAAAUUGAUGUUGAAACUCCUGCUGAAAGACAUGGUUAUCAAGUGUUUGUAGUGUGUUCAUGUCAUUGCAGUUCUUCUAAGAAGAUGUUGGUGAUGAUGCUAUGAAUUUGAUGUAUAAAUUAUAAAUUGUAGCAGCAUCAAAAAAUGGUCAUCAAGUGCUUGUAGCAGUGUUCUUCGAUAAAAGGGGUUGAUUUGAUCAAACAAAAUGAUAUGGUGAUUGAAUGCUUCCUUCGCCUUGGUUAA